AACUUUCAUUGAGCUGCUUCUGCAAAAGAUAAUAAACAUGUCUUGCUGUGGAGGAAACUGUGGAUGUGGGUCCAGCUGCAGUUGUGGCAGUGGGUGCAAGGGAUGUGGCAUGUAUCCUGAUCUCACAGGUGGUGAGAAAUCUGUUGCACAGUCAAUUGUGUUAGGCCUAACAGCCUCUGACAGGGGGUAUGUUGAUGAAGGUGUGACAGUGGCAGGAGAGAAUGAUUGCAAGUAUGGCUCCAACUGCACCUGUGACUCCUGCAACUGCAAAUGACAACAUCCAUUAUUACUCUCUCUCUAUAUAUAUAGUUACUACUUUCUAUACCCAUGUGAUCCUAUAAUAGGAAUGGAAACUAAAUAAUAUAUUGCAGUUGCAGGUUCUCUUGUCUUAUAAGUGAGUUUCAUUUCUAUGGGACAAGAGUAUUUGUUCCUUAGAGGUCCAGUCCCUAGUACAAAG